AUGCAGUUGGAGGUGAUCCUUCAAGCUCUCAACGUUUCACGGUAUUUUGCAUUCGUCGCAACCACCAUUGCUAUCUAUGAUUGGAUGCUCCUUCUGAGGACGGAGGUCGAAUUGCUAGGAAGUUCGAGGAUGUCAAUUGGGAAGGUACUAUACUAUUUGACCAGAAUAACGACCAUCCCCGGUCUAGUCUACGGUGCUUACAGGCUUCUUACCAUUCGCGUCGUUGUACUCUACCAGCGUAGCUUAUUAGUGAAGACUAUUCUUUACCUCACCCUCGGCACCUGCUAUUUGAUCGCAUUUGGAGUUCUUCUCAGCUGUUUGAAUGAAAUAUCCAGUAACUAUCUAUGUAUUGCUCCUGACAUCCUCUUACGUGUUCCAGAGAAUACGAUCUACAUUCAACUGGUCGACAUUUGCGUGCCAGCAGGACUCAACUCUCGCGCCUCAAUUGUCUUUGAAGCCCCACUGGUCUUUGAGGGCGUCAUGUUCGGCGCACUGAUCUAUCGGGCUUCGGUUGACCUCAAGUCUCAGGGGUCGUUGGCAAUGCUACCGCUUUUGCGUGUCCUCUAUCGAGGCAAGUUCUGUCGAACCCUCGGUAUCACUGCUAAUCUACGGCUAGAUGGAUUUUUGUUCUUCGUCAUAAUGACUGCGGCUAGAAUAUGGAACAUCUACAAGUAUGUGAACCGACCGAUAUACGAGGCACUUGAAGGCUUGUAUUCACGCGCCUUGUCAACGGGCGAGGUCUAUGGUACCGGAUGCGACGCCAAGCGCGCCUCUUUGGCAAGAUAUAAACCGCGCAUCAAGAUUGAGCCAGGUGCUCUGGACGACUUGGGCCGUUUGAUCCCGAUGCAGCUGACAGUGGUGCUCCAAGCUCUCAAUAUUUCGCGGUACUUUGCGUUCGCAGGAGCUACCAUUGCCAUCUAUGACUGGAUCCUCCUUCUAAAGGAGGAGGUCGAAUUAUUAGGAGGCACCCGACCUUCGCUUGGGAAAAUAUUAUUCUAUUUGGCGAGGAUAACAACAAUCCCCGGUCUAAUAUAUGCUUCAUACAAAAUGAACACUUACGUCGGAUUGGUAGACAUAUGCGUCCCCGCAGAGCUCAGUUCGCGCAUACAAGUAGUUUUCGAAGCCCCGUUAGUCUUCGAGGGAAUCAUGUUCUCCACGCUGAUCUAUCGGGCGUGGGCUGAUUUGAAAUCCCGUGGCUCGAUGGGAAUGCUCCCGCUACUUCGCGUACUCUACCGAGAUGGUAUACUAUUCUUCAUUGUAAUGACUGCGACCAGAAUCUGGAACAUUUACAAGUACGCAAAACGGCCGAUAUACGAGACACUCGAAGGACCAUACAUCAUGUGGAGCAUCGUUUCGGUCCUCUCCUGCAGAAUUUACCUCAACAUCGUCCGUGCUGCACAGAACCUACAGCAAGGAACACGUCCGUCGCAGUGGAGUUCUAUGCGAGAGCAAGAGUAUUCUCUAUGGGAAUUCACAUCGUUCAGGCGGUCGGAUUCGAGUAUUCAAGUUCGAGAAGAGGGCACAUCAAGCGAUGGUAGAACCAUAGAUACAUGA